AUGCUCAAAAAGCCUGUGGCUAAAGCGAAAACAAAAAAGCCCGACGGCAAGGCCUGCAAGGGCAAAGCGAAAAAGGCACUGUCGGUGCCGGUCCUAGGUCUUCCACCCGAAAUCGUCCUUCUCAUCGACGAACUGCUCGAUCAGCAAGACCGCCUCGCUCUGGGACGCACAAACCGCUGGUUCUACUCGGUCAUUAACCCCGUGUUGUAUCGCGAUAAUGUCAAGUUGUCCGCUUCUUCGUGUCUCUUCUGGGGCGCCGAGAACGGCCAGUUGGGCACCCUUAAGCAUGCGCUGGCCGCAGGCGCCGAUUUGAAUGCCUCUGGGCCGCUACCGCGCAAGGCUGGGGAGACAGAAGCCAUCGAGACCGAUAAUGACGUCGACGGGAAUGCUGAUGCUGACCCCGCCCCCGAGCUGUUCGAAGAACCCCCCGACCCAAGCAUCCAGCCAUCCUGCACCCCGCUCCAUCUGGCAGCCAAGAACGGCCAUCGGGAGAUUGUGGAAUGGCUCCUCGACAACGGCGCCGACAUCGACGCCCCAUCAUACCGGGUCUGCGACUGCCAGUCCCUCAAGUCCGGGCGGCACCCGUCGCGCCGCCUCUCGGAAUGGCCUCGCUGGCGCGCCCUACACACCGCCAUGUGCAGCCAGGAGCGAACGGUGGCCGAGCUGCUCAUCCACCGCGGCGCAUCGCUCGAGCUAGAUAUCAAACCCGAACACCGGCACACGGCCCUUCACUCGGCCGCCGCCCACGGCCUGAUCCCCGUCAUCAAACUCCUGGCGCUGAACGACCUCAACCUCAACAAAUCUGGAGCGCGCGCGACUCUGCGCGACAUUCGCGACACCAUCACAAAGCUCCUCGCCCUAGGCGCCGACCUGGAGGCCCAUAACGAUAACGGCUAUACCCCGCUCCUCAACGCAUGUUUCAGGGGCAAAUACGCUGUAGCUCACCGCCUGGUCAGCAUCGGCGCGAAUCCCGACCCCCACCGGCACAUCCCCAACUUCCGCGACUACCGGCCGCUGUACUACUGUAUGCUGCAGCGAUCUGAAUUUUUUGAUAUGGACGACGCCCCGGUGAAGCACGACGAAUUCGAAGGAAAUCGGGUCACGCUGAUCAAGGCCUUGGUUGAUGGCGGGGCUGACGUAAACGCCAAAUUUGAUAAGCGUAGCCACCGCGGCGUGACCCCGCUCAUGCUGGCUUGCGAGCUGGCCGAGCCCCGAGCCGUUGCCGCCCUCGUUCAGUGCGGCGCCGAGAUCAACGCGCAAGACCGCAACGGGCGAACCCCACUGUGCUAUGCGGUGACCAUAAGAGUUGACCAUCGUGGUGAAGUGCCCGAGAUCGCCUCUAUUAUGCUCCGACGCGGCGCCCGCAUGGACAUCGAAGAGGAGCCAAACUGCAGCCCUCUGGACACCGCCAUCAAACACAUCCGUUGGGCGGAGGACGAUGUCCUCGAGGCAAUGCUGACCGCCGCCGACGAGACCAACCUCACAGAGACGAAGCUCAAGGAGGCCCUGAAGAGUUGCGCUUCCUGCGGCAACCAUAAGGCGUUAAAGCUCCUCCUUGACUUUGCUGACAGGGUGUACAAGGUGACCGAUGCCGAUGUGAAGGAGUACCUGUGCCGUAUCAUCGAACAGAGCGAUCCGUGGAACCAGAUCGAGACGUUCAACUGCAUGAUGGAUUUUGGGAGACCGGUGUACACCAACGAAAUGCUGUUGCUCAAGACCAUCAUGCAGCAGAACCGGGAACUGAGCCUGGCGGUCAUGGCCCGCGGACUUUCCAUCAGCGAGCCCAGGUUCCAUGGUGACCAGACGUAUCUGCAUCUCGCGUGCCACUGGGGUGAUGUGGAGGUGGUGAGAGCGUUGCUGGACCGUGGAGCCGACGUCGACGUCUUCGACCGGGACCUUCAAACGCCAUUGUCGGUCGCCGUGAGCGAGAACUACGUGUCCAUUGCGGUAGCGCUUAUGAAAGAAGUUGCCGACCCGUUCAUCACGCCUUCGGACGAACUCCUCCAGAAGCUGUUUAGCGAGGAAGAAGACGAGGACGAGUGGCGUUUCGUCAAGCGGCGCUAUCUCACCGCGUUCGACCUCGCCAUCCGCGACGACCGCGUCGAGAUCAUUCAGGACAUGCUCUCGCGCUACGCCCUCCCGGACAUCCCUCCCAAAUCCAAGUCCAGCUACGUGCACCGCGCCAGCCAAAACCCCAACCCGGCCAUCCUCAAACUGCUCCUCGAAAAGGGCGCCGACCCCACCGGCGGCAAGGACUGCCCCAACCCGCCCGCGGUGGCCCUCAUCCGCCGCGUGUGGGACCAGCCGCAGCUGCCCGACGUCGCGGUCAGCCUCCUGCAGACCGCCAAGCUGCUGCUGGCCAAAUACCCUGUCCUCUCCCUGCCCGCGGCCCUGGUAAGGGAGAUUAGCGCCGCCACCAGCGACGACCCGCAGAGGCAGGAGCUGCGCGAGGUGGUGAUGCGCGAGCUGGAGAUCCGUCUUGUGGACUAUAAGGGUGGUAAGGCGGCGGAGUUGCGCUGCGUGACGUACCCCAAGGGGCAGGGGGCGCUGGGGUCUGAGGAGAUCAUCAUCCCGGCGGAGUAG